UAAAGUGGUAUUUGUCUCACGAGGAAUUGGUUACAUGCAACCAGUAGUGAAUGGCUUCGAAACUGGACGAGAUUUUUCUAGAAAGCAUACCACAAAUUUAUUCAGAUCAAGUUCUGAAUUUCAUUCACAGGAACUGACGUCGCCUCGAGUGUAAACACGAUAUGAAGCCCUUCAGCAUUAGAGUUGUUACUCUCCUGUCAAACUGACAAUUCGCAUGCAGUUUAGCAGUAGGCAGGUGUAACGGCGAUGGGGUCGUUCAGAAAAAAGUCUCAACCUCAAGAAAGGAAGGAACGAGACCAGAGGGACUUUUUAAAAGUGCAGUGUUGAUUUCGCGGCUGGAGGAGCCUUCCAGCGGAGCGUUGCAAGACUUAAGACCGAAAUACGUCAUAGAAAACAUUUAUCGAAAUGUCUGCUUUGAAGAGAGCUGGUUUGUGGUGCCUGGAGUGGACACUCGCUGUGGCGUAUGGGUGGGUUGUCGUUGGAUAUGCCUUGUGGUUGUGGUUACGGGGCGCCCUCAAACAGGGCAUCGCCAGGGACUUUCCGCCCGAUUGCCUGAACGACCCAAACCUUGGCAGGCACAAGUAUGUGAAGAUAGAAAGAAUGAAACUACAUUAUGUGGAGUCCGGAAAUCAUGAGAACCCUCUCGUGAUUCUUGUUCACGGGUCACCCGACUUUUGGUUCACCUGGAGGAAGCAGAUCUCUGUCCUCAAUCAGGAUUACUGGGUGGUAGCCGUCGACCUUCGUGGCUGUGGUGAUUCGGAAGGACCUUAUUUCCGUUCUCACUACACAACUGCUGAGUUGGCCAAUGAUAUCGCACAGUUGAUCUGCCUUCUCAAUGCAACCUCAGCCCACUUGAUAUGUGCCGGAGUAGGGGGCCAGGUGGGAUGGUAUAUGGCGUAUAACUAUCCCCACCUGAUUUCUAAAUUGGUUCUUAUUCAUUCACCUCAUCCUUACGUUGUUCGUCAACAGCUUGGUCAGAAUUGGAGCCAUUACUACAAAGCCGGAUACCUGUACUUGCUGAAGCUACCAGUUCUACCCGAAAUCGCUGCUACCUUGAACGACUUUGGCCUCAUUGAUAAGAUAAUGAAGCCUCUUCUGAAAAUGAAGGUUAUCGAACCGGAAGAAAUUGAAGCCUAUAAGUUCGUCUUCUCCAGCAGAGAUACCUGGACAGGGCCCCUUCAUAUUCUAAGAGCUUUGGACGUCAGCCCUAUCGACGAGGAGGAACCUGAGCCUGCCGUGAUUACGAAGCCCACCCUACUCAUUAUGGGAGACGCCGACCCUCUUCUGCCCAUGGAAACUGCAUAUCGAUCUGCAGAAUUCGUCGAGCGCAUUACUGUGAGGCCAGCCCCUGGACCAGGGUACAUGACACACGUAUUACGGGCACAGCAGGUUAACGAAACAAUAAUAAAAUUCCUGCACGAAAUGCCUUGGAAACCCUUGUCCCCGCUGGAGCCUACUAAAAACUCCUCGUUGGUCGGGAGAGUGAUGGGUGCAAGUCUUGCUGCCGUUUCUAAUACUGUGAACAAAACAAGCGGAGCGCUGGAAAUGACCCGCGUCUUUCCAGGAGGCCUCGUGGGAAUUGCCCAGGCUUCCUUCAAAGCUGCAGAAUCGAAACUGGGUCUUGAUUAAGACGUCGUUUUUUUUAGAAUGAUGAAUCUGUUGUGAAAGCUGCCAGGUUUAUUCGAUGGAAGAAGUUUGUAAAAAGAGAGCUCUUAAAUCCUGGUGAUAACGGAAAACUGUAUUUGUGCAUUGAGUUCAAAUAUAUUUGUGUAUUCUUGAGUUCAAAUAUGCAUAAGAUAAAAAAUGAAAGUUAGAAAAAAUGAAAGUUAGAAAAUUAAAGUGGCAAAGUAAUGAAAUAAUCUCUUGUGAACGCAAUGUAUAGACAAACAAAUACUAGAAAUGGACGUAGUGAAGUGCUUAUACGAUUUUUUUGUCGGGGGCUGGGAUUUGGAUGGAAAUGUCCAAACUAGCAAAACUUAAUUCCCCUGUAAAUUCACUGUGCUCUCUCCAGUCUGUUUCAUUUACAGAUAACACACUCAACUUUUUGGUGCCAUGGACGUAAGCAUUUCUUAAAGUUGUGUGGAGAAGAAUCUGUAGGGUGAAGUAUUGUUUUAAACUGUAUGGAUGUGCACGUGGCUUAAUCUUGGUUUUUCUUGUUUUCACGAUGGAAACAGACGCUCCAGGUUAUCAGCCAUAUUUUAGCUCGGGUUGUAAUAAAUUUUCUUAGUAAGAGGA